CCCUGAUCAAAACACUCUUUCCGGUGGUUGGUGUGUGUAGGCUGCUCGACUAGAGGUACAAUCCCUCGGGAAUGUUGCCCUUCUUCUUGUAAAGCGCCUUCUCCUUCGCCUUGCGAAGAUCUGCACACACAACCACGACCACAGCCACAGCCACACGCGCACACACCACCAACCAUAGAGUGUAUCUAGUCAGUCGAGACCGCACCUUCUUGGUUGACUUUCAUGCGUCUCUCGCGCAGGGCGAGCAGCCCCGCCUCCGUGCAUAUGGCCUUGAUGUCCGCACCUGACGUACACACAAACACGCGCACACACACACACACACACACAGGCACGCAACAUUAGCACUGGUGACUCCAUCCGUCCAUCGCUUGCAGCGUGACACCCAUACCCGAGAGUUCGUCCUUGGACAUGACAAACUCUUCCAGGUCGACAUCGUCAGCCAAACUCAUCUUCCCCGUGUGAAUCUACACACACACACACACACAUAUCACACAGGUGCUUCUCCAUCUCUCAGCUGACGAGAGAAGGUCCGUCACUCAGUAGCUCACUCACCAGGAAGAUGCGGCGUUUGGUCUUGGUGUCCGGGUUGGGAAGUUCGAUUUUGCGGUCGAUGCGGCCCGGUCGGAUGAGUGCGGGGUCGAGCGAGUCGAUGCGGUUGGUGGCCAUGAUGACCUUGACUUCGCUGCGCGAGUCAAACCCGUCCAGCUGGUUCAGCAGCUCCAGCAUGGUACGCUGGAUCUCACGCUCGCCGCCGCUCGUCGCCUCGUAACUGCCUCACAGUUUGAGACAGAGAGAGAUGCGCGUGUGAACAAACACGCCACGCCACGCCACACAAGGAAAGCACCGAUGGUCUGUCUGUCUUGUCGCCCACUGACCGUUUGGUGCCCACAGCGUCGAUUUCGUCGAUGAAUACGAUGGAUGGCGAGUGCUCGUCGGCCACGCGGAACAUCUCGCGAACCAACUUGGGACCUGACACGCGACACAUAGGCAGGCCGUUGACCUUCCCUCUCUCGCCUCGCGCUGUGCGCAUGGAUGUGGUUGCUCAUCAUACCGUCUCCCAGGUACUUCUGGAUGAGCUCCGACCCGACGACACGCAGAAAGGUGGCGGAGGUCUCAUUGGCAACGGCCUUGGCCAACAACGUCUUGCCCGUGCCGGGGGGGCCAUACAAAAUCAAACCUGCAUGCCAUGCAGGAGACAACAAAAGGCAGGCAGGGCGGCAUCCCAUCAAUGCUAUCGUGUCGCCUUCGUCUUCCUUGUCUGCUGACUGGACUGACCUUUUGGUGGUUUGAUGCCGAUGUCUUCAUAGAGCUCGGGGUGCGUCAGGGGCAGCUCGACGGCCUCCUUGAGCUCCUGAGGCAGGCCACAUGUGCAUGGCAUGGACGAAUGGAGCCAACACAGACGUCAGUCAGUCGACUGACAUUGCCCUUGUUCGUCUGCUGUUCUUCUCAAGACCCACCCACCGACCUGUAUUUGCUGUUCGAGUCCUCCGAUGUCGGCGUACGAUUCGAGCGGCGCCUUGUCGACCUUCAUGACCGACACCAACGGGUCAACUUCAUCUUGCAGCAGCCCAACCACAGACAGGUUCUGCACACACACACACACACACACACAAAUGCAACGUGAGCAAAUAGGUGAGUGCCUUGUGUGCCUGUGGGAUGGCUCGGGUCGGCACCUCACCUUGUUGUGGAGCAGCACGGAGCAGCCCGGUUCGAUUUGGUCCUUGUCGACGAAUGAGAGGAUGUUGACGUAGUACUCGGGGCCGACACUGGUGGCGACGAUGGCGUGGUUGUCGUCGAUGAUCUCCUCCAGACUGCCCACUGUCAGGGGGCUGCCGCGUAGGUCCUCCAUCUUGGUCUUCUCCUCCUGCAGCACAGACAAUGACCGACCGACGGCCGACCGACAGAUGUGUGUGUGUCUGUCUGUCUGGGUGUGUUGCUGGGCUUGGUGGCGUCGUCUUGCCUCGUUCUUUUCCUCCUGGGGCUUCAAAUUCUCCUGGUUCUGGAUGUACUGCAGACAGACAGACAAGGGAAGACACACGCAGAGCAGACAGCCAGAGAGAGAUGCAUCUAGCGUCAUACCGUUGGCCAACAGGUGACUAUUGACCCAUUACUUACCUCUUCCUCCAUGAGCAGGUAGUCCUUGAUGCGCUCCAGCUUCAGCAGACGAAGACGACAACGCGUGUUGGGGGUCACUGCAACCACACAUCCACAUAGGAGGGAGACACACAGCGGUCUCAUCCCCGCCUGUCUGUCUGCCCCUGCCUGCCUGCCUCACCCGUGGGCAGUUUUGCCGCAGCGGCAGGUCCCUUGGAUUUCUUCUUCUUGCGGCCGACGUGGGAGGGCGGUGCACUCUCUAGUUUGCGCUUCUCCUGCUUCUUCUUGUCGUCCUCCUUGCCCUGCUGACCACCCUGCUGACCGGGGAGACCCGGCGCGCCGGGAGUGUUGCCCAUCCUAUCAAAUCAAUGGGGAUCACACCGCAACGCAGCGAGGGAGCCGGGGAAAGAUGGACGCGUUUCUCCCC